UGUGCUCCAGGCUCUCAGCAAAUCGACAGCCUCCCUUAGAAAUAACGACACCCUUUACUACGUUGAUCUGGACAGAAACCUAUCCCAGCAUGCCUGACAGCAGGCAGGAAAGGACGAUGAAGCAAAGAUGGCAGCACUGAGGGUGCAGUCUGUACGGGGUCAAGAAAAACACAAGGAGCAAACGAAAACAAAGGACGACAUAGCACGCAAUUAAAAAGUAAUAGGAAUUGUCAUCCGACCCAACAGAACAAUAUGGCUUGAAAUGUUGAAAACCCGGAGUCAAUGAAUGAAUUACCGUACUAAAAAGGAAGGGUAUUUCGCAUUUGCACCAGGGAGUGUAUAUACAUUUUAUGCUGUUCAAAUUGGAGCUUGUGGAUGUAAUGACUUUUUUGUCGCUGUGUUCAAAGGAUUUAUCCGCUAGAUGUACUGUGCUUUUGUUGACAGAGGGAAAUAAUUAUUUAUAAAUGAUUUCGUGGUAAUAUAUAUGAAUUAUUCCAAAAUAGGAUGAUGUGUGCUGCUGCGGCAGCGGGUGCCUGUGGGCUGCUGUCUUCCUCUACUCCUCCCGUGGGGUUGGGUGUCGGGGUCAGUUCUGGAGUCGGAUCGGAUUUUUCUGGGAUUGGAUCAAGUAUGGGUUCGUGCCCCGGUCCCGGGACCCAGUCAGAUUGUCGGAGCCGGUACCAAUUACUCCUCUCGGGGAGAGCUUUGGCGGAAAGAUACCGGCGGAUUUACACCGCAGCGAUCAGUGACAAAGAGCAGGGGAUAAACCCGGGGAGGGGCAAGAAAGCACUAAGCAAGAAGAAGCUGAAAAGAAAACAGAAGGCCAAAUCAAAAGUUAAAUCAAGAACAAAGAGCGAGAAUCUGGAAGGAGCCUUCUCUGUGCCGGAUAUCAAACUGCACAGCAACCCAUCUGCAUUCAACGUGUACUGCAAUGUCCGCCAUUGUGUGUUGGAAUGGCAGCAAAAAGAGACUUCUCUGGCUUUGGCUUCCAAGAACUCGGUGCAGAGCGGGGACUCGGACAGCGACGAGGAGGAGGAGUCCAGAGAGCCACCGGUUAAACUGCCGAAGAUUAUUGGGAUUGGUCUGUGUGGGGUGUUUGAGCUGAUAAAGGAGACAAGGUUUUCCCAUCCGUUGCUGUGUCUGAGGAGCUUGCAGGCUCUGCUGGAUAUGCUGCAAGGCCAGCAGCCAGAAGGCUUCCAGACUGAGCCCCCUGAGGUCCUAGAAUCCUUGUUCCAUCUCUUGCUGGAGAUAACGAUCCGAAGUACAGGGAUGAGCGACACCACGGGCCAGGCUCUGACGGCACUUUCCUGUGCCUGUCUGUUCAGCCUGGUGGUGUCCUGGGGUGACACAGGCAAGAUCCUGCAAGCUGUCUCUGCCAUCCUCACCAACAAUGGCAGCCAUGCUUGCCAGACCAUUCAGGUGCCCACCAUCCUGAAUGCCCUCCAGAGGAGUGUUCAAGCUGUGCUGGUUGGAAAAAUCCAGAUCCAGGACUGGUUUGGAAAUGGCAUCAAGAAAGCAGCUCUGAUGAACAAAUGGGUCCUGAAAGAGGUCCCCAUAGAUGAAGAUGAACGAUGCCUGCUGCAGUCUGAUGGCUCCUUUCUCUAUCUUUUAUGCAAAGAUGGGCUGUAUAAAGUAGGCUCUGGAUACAGUGGAACAGUCAGGGGCCACGUAUAUAAUUCUACUUCUCGCAUAAGAAACCGAAAAGAGAAGAAGUCAUGGCUGGGCUUUGCACAGGGCUGCUUGUUGUACAGAGAUAUGAACAGCCAUAGCAUGAAUGCUAUCAAGAUCAAUCCUGAGACCUUGGAGCAGGAGGGGGCCAUCACGAUGCCUGUGCUCCAAGCUGAUGCGCAGAACAUUGUUUUCACGGAUGGAGAGUACGUCAAUCAAAUUGCAGCAUGCAGAGAUGAUGGCUUUGUGGUGAGAAUCUAUGCAACAAGUACUGAACCAGCACUGCAACAGGAGCUACAGCUUAAACUGGCCCGAAAAUGUCUCCAUGCAUGUGGCAUCUCACUCUUUGACCUGGAGAAAGACCUGCAUAUUAUCAGUACAGGGUUCGAUGAGGAAGCCGCAGUACUGGGAGCUGGCAGGGAGUUUGCUCUUAUGAAAACUGCAUCUGGAAAGAUCUAUUAUACUGGGAAGUACCAGAGCCUGGGGAUCAAACAAGGCGGGCCCUCAGCUGGGAAGUGGGUGGAGCUGCCCAUUACCAAGUCCCCGAAGGUUGUGCAGUUCUCCGUCGGGCACGACGGCUCUCACGCGCUGCUGGUGGCUGAAGAUGGGAGUGUCUUCUUCACUGGGUCUGCAAGCAAGGGCGAGGAUGGAGAAUCAACAAAAAGCAGGCGACAACCGAAGCCCUACAAGCCCAAGAAAAUGAUUAAACUUGAGAGCAAAAUGGCAGUCUACACAGCAUGCAACAACGGGAGCAGCAGCAUUGUGACGAAAGAUGGCGAGCUGUACAUGUUUGGGAAGGAUGCUGUUUACAGUGACAGUACUUGCCAGGUGACAGACUUGAAAGGACACUUCGUAACUCAGGUAGCUAUGGGGAAGGCUCACACAUGUGUGCUGACAAAGAAUGGAGAGGUGUGGACUUUUGGUGUCAACAACAAAGGACAAUGCGGCCGAGACACUGGGUCAAUGAGCCAAGCUGGGAAAGGUUUUGGUGUGGAGAAUAUGGCCACUGCAAUGGAUGAGGACUUGGAGGAAGAGCUGGACGACAAGGAGGAAAAGUCCAUGAUGUGUGCUCCUGGCAUGCACAAGUGGAAGCUGGACCAGUGCAUGGUGUGUACAGUGUGCGGAGAUUGCACGGGCUAUGGGGCCAGCUGUGUGAGCAGUGGCCGGCCGGACCGAGUUCCUGGAGGCAUCUGUGGCUGUGGCUCCGGGGAGUCGGGCUGCUCGGCCUGUGGCUGCUGCAAGGCCUGUGCCAGAGAGCUGGAUGGACAAGAGGCCAGGCAGAGAGGGAUCUUUGAUGCUGUGAAGGAGAUGAUCCCAUUAGAUUUACUUUUAGGAGUAAAUAUUGAAGAGCAUAUCCAAAUACGGCAAGAGGAGAAGAGACAAAGGAUAAACCGCAGACACCGGCUGGAAGAAGGAAGAGGCCCCUUUGUAUUUCCUGGUCCCAUUUAUAUGCAUCAACGAGAGCAGGCCAUAGCCAGACUAGGACCCCUUCAGGCACAGCUAAAGCAUAAGCGGGACAAACACAAAGAUGGCAGUGGGGAUCGCGGGGACAAGGAUGCAAGCAAAAUCACCACUUACCCCCCAGGGGCAGUGCGCUUUGACUGUGAGCUCCGAGCUGUGCAGGUUAGCUGCGGGUUCCAUCACUCAGUGGUGUUGAUGGAGAAUGGAGAUGUGUAUACUUUUGGCUAUGGGCAGCAUGGACAACUGGGCCAUGGAGAUGUUAAUUCCAGGGGAUCUCCAACCCUGGUGCAGGCCUUGCCAGGCCCCAGUAUCCAGGUGACUGCUGGGAGCAACCACACUGCUGUUCUCCUAAUGGACGGUCAAGUCUUCACCUUCGGGAGUUUCUCGAAAGGACAACUUGGGAGGCCAAUUGUAGACAUGCCAUAUUGGAAUGCAAAGCCAUCUCCUAUGCCGAAUAUUGGAGCUAAGUAUGGGCGAAAAGCUACCUGGAUUGGAGCUAGCGGAGACCAGACUUUCCUAAGGAUUGAUGAAGCACUAAUAAACUCGCAUGUCUUAGCCACUUCAGAGAUCUUUGCCAGCAAACACAUCAUAGGCUUGGUACCUGCAUCUAUGUCCGAGCCCACGCCUUUCAAAUGCCUUCUGAUAAAUAAGGUUGAUGGAAGUUGCAGAACCUUCAAUGACUCUGAACAAGAGGACCUGCAGGGCUUUGGUGUGUGUUUGGAUCCAGUCUAUGAUGUCAUCUGGAGAUUCCUGCCUGCAUCCCGGGAGAUGUGGUGUUACAAUGCUGUGAUUGCUGAUGUGCGGAUGCCUUCAGCCACAGAUAUUCAGUCCAGAUGCAGUAUCCUGAGUCCAGAGUUAGCUCUACCAACAGGAUCAUGUGCCACCACAACAAGGUCCCAUGGUGCACUGCAUAUACUAGGAUGUCUGGACACAUUGGCUGCCAUGCAAGAGCUGAAAAUGGGAAUUGCCAGCACAGAGGAAGAGACGCAGGCAGUCAUGAAAGUUUACUCUAAAGAAGACUACAGCGUUGUCAACCGUUUCGAAAGUCAUGGUGGUGGCUGGGGGUAUUCAGCGCAUUCUGUGGAAGCCAUUCGCUUCUAUGCAGAUGCAGAUAUCCUGUUGGGAGGCUUGGGGCUCUUUGGGGGUAGAGGAGAAUACACUGCAAAGAUCAAGCUGUUUGAGCUGGGCCCUGAUGGAGGAGAUCAUGAAACAGAUGGAGACCUGCUGGCUGAGACUGAUGUCCUAGCUUAUGACUGUGCAGCUAGGGAGAAGUAUGCCAUGAUGUUUGAUGAGCCGGUGCUGCUGCAGUCUGGCUGGUGGUACGUGGCUUGGGCUCGGGUGUCGGGGCCAAGCAGCGACUGUGGCUCCCAUGGACAGGCCACCAUCACCACAGAUGACAGCGUGGUUUUCCAGUUUAAAAGCUCCAAGAAAUCAAAUAAUGGUACGGAUGUAAAUGCAGGACAGAUACCUCAGUUGCUAUACAGGCUUCCAUCCAAUGACGGCAACGCUGCAAAAGGAAAGCAGCAGACCAGUGAACCUGUGCACAUUCUGAAGAGAUCGUUUGCAAGGACUGUAUCAGUGGAGUGUUUUGAGUCAUUGUUGAGCAUCCUCCACUGGAGCUGGACCACACUGGUGCUGGGUGUGGAGGAGCUGCGGGGGCUUAAAGGCUUUCAGUACACGGCCACCCUGCUGGACCUGGAGCGACUGCGCUUCGUGGGGACCUGCUGCCUGCGCCUGCUGCGAGUGUACAUCUGUGAGAUUUACCCCAUAUCAGCCAACACCAAGGCUAUAGUGGAGGAGUCCAGCAAGCUGGCCGAGUGUGUGGGGAAGACGAGGAGUCUCCUGAGGAAGAUCCUGUCUGAAGGAAUGGACAACUGCAUGAUUAAACUGGACAAUGACCCACAGGGCUACCUCAGCCAACCCCUCGCUUUGCUAGAAGCUGUGCUGCAGGAAUGUCACAACACUUUCACAGCCUGCUUCCACUCCUUCUACCCCACCCCAGCCUUGCAGUGGGCCUGUCUCUGUGAUCUGCUCAACUGCCUGGACCAGGACAUCCAGGAUGCAAAUUUCCGUACUUCCAGCAGUCGCCUCCUUGCAGCAGUGAUGUCAGCUUUGUGCAACACUUCGGUGAAACUGACAUCCAUUCUGCCCAUCGCCUACGAUGGGGAGGUGCUGCUGCGCUCCCUGGUCAAGCAGGCCAGCACAGAGAACGAUUCAGCCUUGGCUCACAGGUUCCCCCUGCUGGUGGCUCACAUGGAGAAGCUCAGCCAUAGUGAAGAAAACCUGAUGGGCAUGACCAGUUUUCGGGAGGUUUUGGAGAAAAUGCUGGUGAUUGUUGUCCAUCCAGUGAGGAAGAGCCUACGGAAGGAGAUGGAGCUCUUCUCCCCACACCUAGUCUCCAACACGUGUGGCCUACUAGCGAGCAUUGUGAGCGAGCUGACCUCGUCAGCACUGGGCUCAGAGGUUGAUGGAUUGAACUCCCUACAUUCUGUGAAGUCCACCCCUAACCGCUUCACCAAGACAAGCCAAGGACGGAGCUGGAACACUGGGAAUGGCUCUCCGGAUGCAAUCUGCUUCUCGGUCGACAAGCAUGGCGUGGUGCUUGUGGGCUUCUGUGUCUAUGGCGGAGGAGGGAUCCAUGAAUAUGAACUUGAGGUUCUUGCUGAUGACACCCAAACUGAGCACCCAGGGGAUUCGGCUCAUUCUCACAGAUGGACAUCUUUGGAGCUGGUGAAAGGGACAUACAGCACUGACGACUCCCCCAGUGAUAUUGCUGAAAUCAGGCUGGACAAAGCUGUGCCUUUGAAGGAGAGUGUGAAAUAUGCAGUGAGGUUACGCAACUACGGCAGCCGUACAGCCAAUGGGGAUGGAGGCAUGACAACAGUGCAGUGCACCGAUGGGGUGACGUUCACUUUCAGCACCUGCAGUCUCAGCAGCAAUGGAACCAAUCAGACCCGUGGGCAGAUUCCACAGAUUCUCUACUACAGGAGUGAGUAUGACGGAGACUUGCAGUCCCAGCUGCUGAGUAAGGCCAACGAGGAGGAUAAGAACUGCAGCAGGGCGCUGUCUGUCGUAAGUGCUGUUGUGAGAGCAGCCAAGGAUCUUUUGCACAGGGCCUUUGCCGUCGAUGCUGAAGACAUUCCAGAAUUGUUAAGUUCUUCCAGUUUGUUUUCAAUGCUGCUGCCCCUUAUAUUGGCUUAUAUUGGACCAGUGGCUGCUUCCGUUCCUAAGGCUGCUGUAGAGGUCUUUGGUCUGGUCCAAGAGCUGCUUCCUGCUGUGUCUGCUUUGAACCAGAAAUAUGCCCCACCCGCUUUCAACCCCAACCAGUCCACUGACAGCACCACUGGCAACCAGCCUGAGCAGGGCCUCUCGGCCUGUACCACCUCCAGUCACUACGCUGUCCUUGAGAGUGAUCACCCCUACAAACAAGCUGCAGUCACACAGUACAAGGUGUCGUUUCCAGACUGUGUACGGUGGAUGACCAUUGAAUUUGACCCCCAGUGUGGUACUGCUCAACCUGAGGACGUCCUGCGCUUGUUGAUUCCUAGCAAGUCAUUGCAGUUCUCGGGCUUUACCAACAGACAAAUGGCACAUGAAAGCAUAAACACCUGGACAGAACUGAAGAAGUUCUCUGGUUCAAAUGGGUGGCCUACUAUGGUGCUAGUGCUCCCAGGAAAUGAAGCCCUUUUUUCCUUGGAGACUGCAUCAGAUUAUGUGAAAGAUGAGAAAGCAUGUUUCUACGGAUUCAAGUGUGUUGCUGUGGGCUAUGAGUUCAACCCAGGCCCGGAUGAGGGCACCAUACAGCUGGAGAAAGAGCUUGCUUAUUUAGGGAGUGUGUGUGCUGCUGCCCUGAUGAAGAAGGAUCUGGCCUUACCCAUUGGCAAUGAACUUGAGGAAGACCUUGAAAUUCUUGAAGAGGCAUCUUUGCAGGUGUGUAAAGCACAUGCAGGGAUUCUCGGGAAAGGCCUGGCUCUCUCGCGUUCCCCCACCAUCCUGGAGGCUUUAGAAGGCAAUCUUCCACUACACCUGCAGAGCAACGAGCACUCCUUUCUGGAAGACUUCAUUACAUGUGUUCAGAACUCCAGUGGUGGACGUCUGGCCAGGUGGCUACAACCAGACUCCUAUGCAGACCCACAGAAAACAUCACUGAUUCUCAACAAGGAUGACAUUAGGUGUGGGUGGCCAACCACUGUCGUAGUGCAGACCAAAGACCAGUAUGGAGAUGUGGUGCAUGUUCCAAAUAUGAAGGUGGAGGUGAAGGCAGUGCCUGUGUCACAGAAGAAGUCUUUGCAGCAGGAGAGCAUCAAGAAACUUCAACGUCUCCCAGGAAGCUCUGCCUCAGCACCACCAGGGACAGACCUCACCUUUGGUGGACUGCCUCACCCCAAACUGGAGGCCAGCUAUGAGCCCAUGAUUGUUAAGGAGGCGCGAUACAUUGCUAUCACUAUGAUGAAGGCCUACGAAAACUAUUCAUUUGAGGAGCUCCGAUUUGCAUCUCCAACUCCAAAGAGACCCAGUGAGAAUAUGUUGAUCAGAGCUAAUACUGAUGGUACCUACAGUGCGAACUGGACUCCUGGUGCGGUGGGACUUUACACAAUCCACGUCACAAUUGAUGGCAUUGAAAUAGAUGCUGGACUGGAAGUGGAGGUUAAAGAUCCUCCAAAGGGUAUGAUUCCUCCAGGCUCACAGAUGGUCAAACCGAAAGCUGAGCCUCAGCCAAGCAAGGUUCGCAAAUUUGUGGCCAAGGACAGCGCAGGCCUUCGUGUCCGUAGCCACCCCUCUCUUCAGAGCGAACAAAUAGGCGUAGUCCAGGUCAAUGGGACCAUCACUUUCAUUGAUGAGAUCCACAAUGAUGAUGGUGUGUGGCUGAGACUGAAUGAUGAGACAGUAAAGAAGUAUGUUCCCAACAUGAAUGGGUACACUGAAGCCUGGUGCCUCUCUUUUAACCAGCAUCUGGGCAGGAGCCUUCUGGUCCCUGUUGACAAUGUCUUUAAUGCUAGCCAUGGAGUCAGGGGUAUCGACUUUUUAUCCUGGACUUCCUUAUCUUUGUGUCCACAGGAGGCCAGAUCGCACUCUGAUGAGUAUAUAAAGGAGGUCAGUGCCCGUCGCUCCCAUGAAGUACCAAUGAGAGAGCAGGACAGGUUGUGCCUGCGAGGUGGACCAGGUGUUUAUAAGGUAGUGAAGACUGGACCCUCGGGUCACAACAUCAGAAGCUGCCCUAACCUUAGGGGUAUCCCUAUUGGAAUGUUAGUUCUGGGAAACAAGGUCAAGGCGGUAGGCGAGGUGACUAACUCGGAGGGCACUUGGGUACAGUUGGAUAAGAACAGUGUAGUGGAGUUUUGUGAGAGUGAUGAAGGAGAGGCCUGGUCUCUUGCAAGGGAUCGUGGAGGCAAUCAGUACCUCCGUCAUGAAGAGGAACAAGUGAUCCUGGAUCAUGGAGCACAAACACCUCCGCCCAGUCCUUUCUCUGUUCAAGCCUUCAGCAGGGGUGCUGCUGGCGCUCAAGGGUUCGAUUACGGGAUCACAAAUAAUAAAGGUGACCAGUUGAGUGCCAUACUGAAUUCCAUUCAGUCUCGGCCAUUCCUCCCAGCUCCCUCCGUAUUUGAGCAAGCCGCCAAACCUCCCUCUUCCCUUGUCCACAGCCCAUUUGUGUUUGGACAGUCCCUUUCCUUCCAGCAGCCUCAGCCUCAACCACAGCUUCCGAACACCUCAUCUCGCAGCCUUGCUUCACGUGAGCGUGUGCACAAAAGCAGUGUAGCUGGGCCAGGCACUGCUCUUUCAUCUCUAGCUCAGAAACAAAAGGGUGAAAGAGGAAAUGCGGCCACUGCCGCACGGCCAAUGUCACCUGCAGGGAAGUCUGAACACCCAGGGAAGCACCGGCCAGAGAGCAGAUCCCCAAAACUCGAUGGGCGUGCCAGCCGGGGCUCUGCUGACCAAGGAAAAAUGAAGAAUAACGAAGGCAUGUCUGCUAGUGAAUCUCUGAUACUGAAAUCGGACACAGCCAAGCUGAGGUCAGACUCUCAUAGCCGAUCACUCUCUCCCAACCACAAUACUCUUCAAGCCCUAAAGGCAGAUGGCAGGACAUCGGGCUUGAGAGCAGAAUCGCCAACCCCAGGGUCCAGGUCCUCUUCUCCCAAACAAAAAGGCUCCUCCUCUGGCAGAUCCAGCCCUUCGAGCACCAGUUCCCCUCGUUCUUCCUCACCCCACGAAAGGAACCUACCUCAGAAAGUGAGCGCAUCUUCAAAAUCCCGGUUAGAUCCGCCCCGAGAGAGAUCCAAGUCCGACUCCUACACAUUGGAUCCCGAUACGCUCCGGAAGAAAAAAGUUCCCCUGAAUGAGCCCUUACGUGGACGAUCCACCUCACCGAAACCAAAAAUUCUCCCCAAAGAUGGAAAACCAAGUAACAACUCUGAAAACAGAGCUCCAUCCCCCCAUGUGGUGCAAGAGAACCUGCACAGUGAAGUGGUGGAGAUAUGUACCUCUAGCACAUUAUCCAACAGUGAAGAAGGCAAUGAUGAGAACCCUGACCUGAGGAAUGCAGAAGAAGGAUCAUCAAAGGUGCACUUUAGCAUAGGAAAAGCUCCCGUCAAGGAUGAACUGGAAACAAGGUCAUCCCCAAAAGUGAGCCGUAAGACAUCUGGUAGACACGUGAGGCCAAAGAAAGAGAAGUCUGGGCCAUUAUUCAAAGGCGAGAAUGUACGUCUGGCAGAGCCAGCCAAGCAAGCCAUGUCUCCUUCUGUAGCUGAAUGUGCCCGCGCGGUGUUUGCAGCUUUUUUGUGGCAUGAAGGAAUAGUCCACGAUGCCAUGGCCUGCUCUUCCUUCUUGAAGUUCAACCCUGAGCUGACUAAGGAGCAUGCCCCCAUACGCAGCAGUCUCAACUGCCAGCAGGCCAUGGAUGAAAAGGAAAACAAGCUGAAAAACAGACACUCACUGGAGAUUUCCUCCGCCCUGAACAUGUUCAAUAUCUCCCCUCACGGGCCUGAUAUUUCCAAAAUGGGAAGCAUCAACAAAAACAAAGUUCUCUCCAUGCUCAAGGAACCUCCACUCCCGGAAAAGUGUGAGGAUGGAAAGGCUGAGCCAGUGUCCUUUGAUACUACCAGUCAUUCUGCCACGAAGACCAAAUCCCCUCUUCCCUUAACCCUUCAACAUCUGGUGGCGUUUUGGGAGGAUAUUUCCAUGGCCACCAUCAAGGCAGCCACGCAGAACAUGAUCUUUCCCAGCCCUGGUUCCAGUGCCAUUCUGAAGAAAAAGGAGAAUGAGAAAGAUGGUAAGAAGGCCAAAAAGGAGAAGAAGAAAAAGGAGAAGGCUGAGGUCAGGCCAAGAGGAAAUCUUUUUGGGGAAAUGGCCCAGCUUGCCAUGGGAGGCCCAGAGAAGGACACCAUCUGUGAGCUGUGUGGGGAAUCACAUCCUUAUCCAGUGACCUACCACAUGAGGCAAGCUCAUCCAGGUUGUGGACGUUAUGCAGGAGGUCAGGGCUAUAACAGCAUUGGACACUUUUGUGGCGGCUGGGCUGGUAACUGUGGAGAUGGAGGAAUUGGUGGAAGCACCUGGUACUUGGUGUGUGACCGCUGCAGAGAAAAGUAUCUCCGUGAGAAGCAGACUGCAGCGAGAGAAAAGGUGAAGCAGUCGAGAAAGAAGCCGAUGCAGGUGAAGACCCCGCGUGCUCUGCCCACCAUGGAGGCUCAUCAGGUUAUCAGAGCCAACGCCCUGUUCCUGCUGUCAUUGAGCAGUGCUGCCGAGCCCAGCAUGCUCUGUCACCACCCACCCAAGCCCUUCCACACACAGCUCCCCAGCCUCAAGGAGGGCGUCUCUGAGGAGCUGCCCAACAAAAUUGGCUGUCUCUAUUUACAGACACUUGCACGGCAUCACUCAGAAAAUUUUGGGGCAUAUCAGGAUGACAACCUCUUCCAAGAUGAAAUGCGGUAUCUGCGCUCAACCUCGGUCCCAGCUCCCUAUAUAUCUGUCACUCCCGAUGCCAGCCCCAAUGUCUUUGAGGAGCCAGAGAGCAACAUGAAAUCCAUGCCUCCAAGUUUAGAGACCAGCCCCAUUACAGACAGUGAUACAGCAAAACGCACAGUCUUUCAAAGGUCCUACUCUGUGGUGGCAUCAGAGUAUGACAAGCAGCACUCCGCCUCACCAGCCAGAGUCAAGGCCGUGCCCCGUCGCAGAGUCAACAGUGGCGAUGCAGUGGGCUCCUCCCUCCUGCGCCACCCUUCUCCAGAACUCUCCCGCCUCAUCUCGGCACACGGCUCACUCAGCAAAGGGGAGCGCAACUUCCAGUGGCCUGUGCUCGCCUUCGUCAUCCAGCAUCAUGACCUGGAGGGCCUGGAGGUGGCCAUGAGGCACGCCCUGAGGAAGUCUGCCUGCAGAGUGUUCGCCAUGGAGGCUUUUAACUGGCUGCUGUGCAACGUCAUCCAAACCACCUCUCUUCAUGACAUCCUCUGGCACUUUGUGGCCUCUCUGACCCCCUCUCCUUCAGAACCAGAGGAGGAGGAGGAGGACGAAAACAGAGUCAAUAAAGAAAACACUGAGCAGGACAAGGACACGCGUGUCUGCGAGCACCCUCUGUCAGACAUUGUGAUAGCAGGGGAAGCCGCUCACCCUCUGCCUCAUACCUUCCACCGGCUCCUCCAGACCAUCUCAGAUCUCAUGAUGUCACUGCCCAGCGGCAGCUCUCUGCAGCAGAUGGCCCUGAGAUGCUGGAGUCUGAAGUUCAAGCAGUCAGAUCAUCAGUUUCUGCACCAGAGCAAUGUCUUUCACCAUAUCAACAACAUCCUCUCCAAGUCUGACGAUGGAGACAGUGAAGAGAGUUUCAACAUUAGUGUUCAGUCUGGAUAUGAAGCCAUUAAUCAGGAGCUGUGUGUCGUCACCUGCCUGAAGGACCUGACCGCCGUCGUGGACAUCAAGACAUCCAGCCGGCCGGCCAUGAUUGGCAGCCUCACCGAUGGCUCUACAGAAACCUUCUGGGAGUCAGGGGAUGAGGACAAGAACAAGACCAAAAGUGUCACGAUCAGCUGUGUGAAGGGAAUCAAUGCUCGCUACGUUUCUGCUCACGUGGACAACUCCCGAGACAUCGGGAACAAAGUCACAUCAAUGACCUUCCUUUGUGGAAAGACAGCUGAAGAUCUAUGCAGAAUUAAACAGGUGGACUUGGAUUCAAGGCAUAUUGGCUGGAUAACAAGUGAACUUCCAGGAAGCGAUAACCACAUCAUUAAAAUUGAGCUGAAAGGACCGGAGAACACUCUGCGAGUGCGACAGGUCAAAGUCCUGGGCUGGAAAGAUGGGGAGAGCAUCAAGAUUGCUGGUCAGAUCUCUUCCAGUGUGGCACAGCAGAAGAACUGCGAGGGAGAAACCCUUCGGGUAUUCCGGCUCAUAACAUCUCAGGUGUUUGGGAAGCUGAUCUGUGGCGAUGCUGAGCCAACACCGGAGCAGGAGGAGAAGGCUUUGCUAUCUUCCCCUGAAGGAGAGGACAAGGCUCCAUCCGAUGCUGAUUUGAAAGAGCACAUGGUGGGAAUUAUAUUCAGCAGGAGCAAGUUGACGAAUCUUCAGAAACAAGUGUGUGCUCACAUCGUGCAGGCAAUCCGAAUGGAGGCCACGCGCGUGCGUGAGGAGUGGGAGCACGCCAUUUCCAGCAAAGAGAACGCCAACUCCCAGCCCAGCGACGAGGACGCCGCCUCGGAUGCCUACUGCUUUGAGCUGCUGUCCAUGGUCCUGGCGCUGAGCGGCUCCAACGUGGGGCGCCAGUACCUGGCACAGCAGCUGACCCUGCUGCAGGACCUCUUCUCACUGUUGCACACGGCCUCUCCGCGGGUGCAGAGACAGGUGACCUCCUUGUUGAGGCGAGUCCUUCCAGAGGUGACCCCUGCUCGUCUAGCCAGUAUCAUUGGGGUGAAGGCCCUUCCCCCAGCUGACAUCAGCGACAUCAUUCACUCCACGGAGAAGGGGGACUGGAACAAGCUGGGUAUCCUGGACAUGUUCCUGGGCUGCAUUGCCAAAGCGCUGACUGUUCAACUGAAAGCCAAAGGCACCACUAUCUCUGGGACUGCGGGCACAGCUGCAGGGAAAGGAGUGACAACUGUCACACUGCCAAUGAUCUUUAACUCCAGCUAUAUUAGGCGGGGUGAGAGUCACUGGUGGAUGAAGGGGUCCACUCCCACUCAGAUAGCCGAGAUCAUCAUCAAGCUGGUCAAGGACAUGGCUGCAGGACAUCUGUCAGAGGCCUGGUCCAGAGUGACUAAGAAUGCUAUUGCAGAGACCAUCAUUGCUUUAACCAAAAUGGAAGAGGAGCACCGAUCCCCGGCACGCUGCAUUGCCACCACCAGGCUAUGGCUGGCCCUGGCUUCACUCUGUGUUCUGGAUCAAGACCACGUGGACAGGCUUUCCUCUGGAAGGUGGAUGGGAAAAGAUGGGCAACAGAAGCAAAUGCCCAUGUGUGACAACCAUGAUGAUGGAGAGACAGCUGCAAUCAUCCUUUGCAAUGUCUGUGGGAACCUGUGUACUGACUGUGACCGGUUCCUCCACCUACACCGGCGCACUCGCUCACAUCAGAGACAAGUAUUUAAAGAGGAAGAAGAAGCCAUUAAGGUGGACCUGCACGAGGGCUGUGGGAGAACAAAACUCUUCUGGCUGAUGGCUCUCGCCGACUCCAAAACCAUGAAAGCCAUGGUGGAGUUCAGGGAACACACAGGAAAGCCAGCCUCCAGCAGUUCAGAGGCCUGUCGGUUCUGUGGCACAAGAAACGGGACUGAGCUCUCAGCUGUGGGAAGUGUGUGUUCAGACCUUGACUGUCAGGAAUAUGCCAAGUCUGCAUGCAGCAAGACUCACUCCUGCGGACACCUGUGUGGAGGGGUGAAGAACGAGGAGCAGUGUCUGCCAUGCCUCCACGGCUGUGAUAAGAGCACCUCGUGUCUGAAGCAGGAUGCUGAUGACAUGUGUAUGAUCUGUUUCACAGAGGCCCUUUCAGCGGCUCCAGCCAUUCAGUUGGACUGCAGUCAUGUGUUCCACCUUCAGUGUACUAGACGUGUUUUGGAGAAUCGCUGGCUUGGACCAAGGAUAACCUUUGGAUUCAUGUCUUGUCCAAUUUGCAAGAACAAAAUCAAUCAUCAAGUGAUAAAGGAUUUGCUGGAUCCCAUUAAGGAGCUUUAUGAAGAUGUCAGAAGAAAAGCUUUAAUGAGACUUGAAUAUGAAGGACUUCACAAAAGUGAAGCGAUAACUACCCCUGGUGCACGGUUCCACAAUGAUCCCGCUGGCUUUGCCAUGAACAGAUAUGCUUAUUAUGUCUGCUACAAGUGCAAAAAGGCCUACUUUGGUGGCGAAGCGCGUUGUGAUGCAGAGGCUGGCCAAGGGGAUGACUAUGACCCCAGAGAGCUUAUCUGUGGAGCAUGCUCAGAUGUUUCAAGGGCACAGAUGUGUUCCAAGCAUGGCACAGACUUCCUGGAGUACAAAUGCCGUUACUGCUGCUCAGUGGCCGUGUUCUUCUGCUUUGGAACAACACACUUCUGCAACGCCUGCCAUGAUGACUUCCAGAGGAUGACAAGUGUCCCCAAGGAAGAGCUUCCUCACUGCCCUGCAGGUCCUAAAGGUAAACAGCUGGAGGGAACAGAGUGCCCGCUGCACGUUGUGCACCCACCCACAGGAGAGGAGUUUGCCCUGGGCUGUGGGGUGUGCCGAAACGCUCACACCUUCUGAAGCAGCACGCUGUCCCCCAGCAGAGCCAUUCCUCCUCACUCGAGCCUUCAGGCGCUCCCUACUUGGGGGCAGCUCAGAUAAAGACCCUCUGGAAUUAACGGGACACGGACAAAGCCCUGAAUGAGUGCAGACCAGUGCGCAUUCAGGAAUUGAAAGAGAAACUUGUGGCGUGUUUGCAUGCAGCCGUUGUAACCCUCGGCUCCUAUAAACGUUGCACACCUCCUAGUCACUGACGCCUAUUGAUGCAUUCAGAAUAAAACCUGCUCAUGGCAGCUGUGGAUAAACAUACAAAAACACAUGAAGACAGCAAUGCCAGCUUCCUAACUAAAAAUCAAAUGAUAAUGUUAUAUGUAAACUGACUUUUUUUUUUGUAAUUCUGUACAGUAUUCCCCACUGUUGACUGCACCAUGGGUGGAAAAAAAAAUAAAGUCGUAUGGUUUAUGAAAAGAGACUGUUAAGAUUGUUAUGUUAGGAAGGCAAAUAGUGUAUGAUUUAUCUCAUCCUGUAUAUAAUGAUGGUAUCAAAAAUAGGUGUAAUCUGAAAUUGCUACUUUACACUUUACUUUUACACUACAGUUUCAUUUAAUCUUCUGGGUUAUGUUUUGAGCCUGAACUUUUAAUGAAGUGCAAUACUGGGUGUGCCUCCUAUCUUGCAGCUGUAAACAUAUGGAAUGUAUAUGUCAAUAAAGCCGCUGUACAUUUUUAUACAGUGAAAAAAUGUU